CACAUUUCCCAGCGAACAGGGAACCCAGCGGGACAUUGCAUCAACGGCUCCGAUAAUGGACAGUCUGCGCUUCCUCUAACAUGGAGUUUUACAAAGUGUUUCUCAGCAGCUUCUCGGUCUCCUGUCGGUGUCUGGCCCUGAUCCUGAUCCCAGUCCGGGUCCCGGGAAAGGAGAUGCAGGGACAUUGCUCACAGAAACCGCUCCCCCUGCUGCUCCUGCUGAGUGCUGUUUCUGCUGUUUCAGGUGACUCGCCUGUCUCAGUUUCUGGGUUCCUUGGAGAGCAGGUUGUACUGCCCUGUAUCUACAAAGGGAAAAUCCCAGUCUCUGAUUUACUGGUCAUCUGGGGGAGACGCAAGACGGAAAUUGUACACAAGUUUGUCUAUGGAAACGAUAAUUUGAGAGAACAAGAUACACAGUUCAUAAACAGAACAAACCUGUUCAAAGAUCAGCUGGAAAAAGGCAACUGGUCAGUUCUGAUCUCUGACCUCAGGGAGACAGACCAGGAUGAGUAUCACUGUCAGAUUUUCUGCACGACUGUAGGUGUAUAUUGGGCGCAAACUGAAAUUGUUCAUCUCUCUGUAAAAGGAUCCUGUGAGAAUUGUCCCCACAGGGGGAUGAAAGCUGCUGGGAAUGAUCCUGCUCAGGGAAACUCUGGAAAACUUCCAUUCUACAGAUAA